AUGAACAACUCUAUAUUUUACGAGCCUGGACUCCAGAGUCCAGAAGAGUGUGUUCGUAUUAUAGCUGAUUUAAGGAAUAUUGUUCUCGUGGCUGUCGGAAAAUCUAAGAUCGUGAGGCGUUAUAUUAUAAGAUUUUAUAAAAUGUUGGUCCGUCCGCUGACACCAGCUUUGGCGGAGAAGGCUCGAAUUGAACUAAACGAGGACCCAAAACGGCUAGAGGAAGGUAUACGGCACUUGAAACAAUGGAUUUUAAAACAACCACACUUAAGAGCAAGAACAGAUGAUCAAUGGCUAGCUGCUUUUGUACGAGGCUGUAAAUACAGAUUAGAUCAAAGUAAAUCAAAAUUAGAUCUUUAUUUCUCUAUGAGAAGCACAGCUCCUUAUUUAUAUAGUGUUAAAUAUUUCGAACCUAAGGCGAUGGAUAUACUAAAUUUAGGGGCAAUAUUAUUAUUACGGAAAACCAAAAAGCCUGAUGAUCCAAGAGUUAUACUAUUAAGGGUUGGUCAAUAUGACACUAACGAAUACACUUUUUUGGAGCUAAUGUCCGUCCUAACUCUUCAGGAACAGAUUUGUUUUAUGGAGGACGAUAAUUUAGUUGUAGCAGGCACAGUUAAUGUGGUGGACUUGGCGGGAACAAAGCUAGGCCACUAUACACAAACUUCGAUAAAACAAUUGAAAAAUUUAAUCACUGCUAACCAGGAAGCUGUACCAAUAAGAAUUAGAGCCGUACAUUUUCUUAAUACUCCACCGUUUUUCGAAACAUUUUUCAGUAUUGCUAAAAGAUUUUUAAAUGAAAAGACAAAGAAAAGGAUUAUGAUACAUGGUAAAAACAUUGAAUCUUUACACGAACAUGUGUCCAAAGAUAUUUUACCAAAAGAAUAUGGCGGAACUGGUGACAGUAUUGAGGAAUGUAUAGAUUACUGGAAAACGAAAAUGCGGGAUUACAGUUCGUUUUUUGAAGAUGAUCUUAAAUAUGGAAGUGAUGAGUCUAAACGAAAUAAGAUACCUCGAUCUACUACUAUUGAUAAGACUUUUAGAGGUUUAGAAAUAGAU